AUGAGUUCCGACAAUUCCCAUGCCUCUAUUGAUUAUGCAACUUUUCAAUUUCCAACUUUUUCCAAAACAACAGAUGAUUUUAUUUCAUUUCGUCAAAAUAGAAAUUUUGGCAACAUCCAUGUUAGUGAAUUAGAUUCUUCCCCAGUGUCAAGAUUCCCAUAUAAACAAAUGUAUUCUGAUUUGGAUCUUGAUACAAGUAAAUACACUAUACUUGAGGAUGAUAUAGAAUUAAAAAAUGGAACUACAUCAAAUAAUUAUAAACUACUUCCUGGUUUAGAAAUUGGGUCUUGGGGUCAUAAAUUAAAUAGAAUUGGAAAAGGUCAAAAAAAAAUAAAACACAGUAAGCAAGAUCAUGUAUCUCAAGAUGGAUUCAUUAAUUUGCAUAGAUUUAAAAUUAUUAGGGCUAGAGUUCAAGAUAUGAAAUUGAAAAGAGAACAAAAGGUAUUUUUAUGUCCUUCAAAGAAGUCACAUUUUCAAAUGUGUCUUGAUAAUAUUGCAUCAAUAGAAACACCAGCUGGCAAGUCAAGGAGGGGGGUGCCCACCAAAUUAGUGGGAGAAAAUGGGGUGCGAGAUUAG